AUGCGUGUCUAUACACCGCGCUUGAGCUCGUUGCCGCGGAAUCGGUGCAUUGUCGACAGGAGAUGGAGGAUCUAUCCACUCGGACUGCUCUUUAUGUACUCUAUGAUAUCUCCUCUCAUAGUAUCAAUAGAGUUCCUCUCAGAAUUCUCCUCUCAUUCGCUUCUCGUAUCUUUCUGGAGUGUGGCUUGCUGGCCCGUCCGACGCCACACCAGGUGGGCUGACGGGGGAGCUUGGCUGGAGCUUGGAGUUGCUUGGGCAUCUUAUUCGUGUAUCAGAGCAGACCAUGAGGAUGGGAAUAGACUUGCAAUUCAACAUUCCGCCUCUCUUGGGCGUCUGCCGUGGCCAUUAGCUAUUGCUGCUGCUGCUCGAUCAUCUCGAUCUGCGGUAUCACAGCAGCUGAUCCCUGUCGUCAUGGUGGCUUGCAGCCACAUUUCAACGUCAGCCAAGUCACUUAGCAUCAUUUAG